AUGACACGAAUGAAGCGACGACGCCAGGAGGUAUCACAGCGCAGCACGCGAUCUCGGUCUCAUAACGAAGAUGCGAGUGUGAUUGACGAUGACGUGGAGCCCAUGAAUGUUGAAAUGCCUGGUGAAUCUAGAAGCGAUAGUGAUAGCGAUAGCGAAGAGAAGGAAAAAGACAAUGAAGAAGACGAAGAAGAUGAUGAAGAAGAAGAGGUGCUGAUGGACUUUACGCAGACAGAAUACGCAUUGAGAAUGAGUCAGACGGAACCUGCAAAAGACGAUGACGAUGAAGGAGGCGGCAAAAAGACCGACCGAGAACCAAUCAAGCCUAAAGCUUUACACAAGCUGUCGGAAAAGGCGUUGGAGGAGCUCAUUGCUAAGCUGGUGCGCUACAUGCUGUACAAAGGCGGUUUGAAGCUGCCCAUCAAGUUUGCUGACAUUAGCAAGGAUGUAUAUCCGCAGUACAAGACUGUAUCAAGAUAUUUUUUCUUCUAUGCAAAACAGAAGAUUGAAAGUGUCUUUGGCUACCGCGUGGUGCAAGUGGAAGACAGUUCGAACAAGGAGUUGUACCUUGUAAUCAACAAAUCGUCGUCUCAGCAACACUUGCUGCUCAUGAACAAAACUGGAAAGGCUGCCUCGCGCGGUUUUCUCAUGAUCGUUUUGGGACUUUUGUGGUGCGCCCCCGGGCGGCGGCUUUCCGAAGAGGACUUGUGGAAGCAGUUGAUUUGCCUUGAUCCGAAGGUGCAGUCGAAAGUGAAUCAUCCAUUGCUUGGCGACAUACCUCUUCUUUUGAAGACGUUUGAAAACCAGCUCUACCUUGACGCUACGUCGGAGCUUGAUUCAGAUCUGAAAAAGAUCAAGUACUAUCAGUAUGGUCCACGUACAUUCUUGGAAGUGGGCAAAGUACAAAUUCUCAACUUUGUGUGCAAGCUGAUUACGAAACGUCCUCCAUCUGAAGUGCAGGUUGAUGAGGUGUUGGCAGAGGACAGCUAA